AUGGCAAGCUGCUGGGCGGUCCUGCUGCUGCUGGUCACCGUGGCCGCUGCGGUCCCCGUGAAGACCCCUCAGCCCUACGAGAAGGCCAUUGCCCGGGCCAUCGCCUUCUACAACCAAGGACCAACGGUGAAAUACGCCUUCCGCCUCCUUACAGCCACACCUCCGCCUGAAGUGGCCCAGGGCACCAUCUCCAAUACUCUUCAGCUGAACUUCACCAUCAUGGAGACCACGUGCCCGGCGUCAGACAAAACCCCUGUGGAGCAAUGCUCCUUCAAAGAGAAUGGGCUGGUCAGAGACUGCUCAGGACACUUCUCCACCCAGGAAACAUGCUCUGUCUUCGCGAUCACCUGUGACGUCGCCCCUCCGCAGUCUCAGCUGCCGUCAGGCCGAAUGACUCUCCCCGCCUGCCUGGGGUCAUACGGCUGUGAAGCCAGCAGUCAAAGGGUCUGGUUCGCGCUGGUCUUCGCGCGUUGA